AUGUUCCCGGUGGACGAUGGACCGCGCAUGUGUUUGGCGCUCAGCUACGUCAUAGUGAUGGUGACCGGCCUGCUGGUCGCCAUUAUCCUGCUGCUGGCCAGAGUGCCCGUUCCCGAGGGCAUCUACCAGGUGACCGUGGCCAUCACGGUGUCGGUCGGGUAUCUGUUUGUGCUGCUGUCGCACGGCGGCCCGCUGUCGGCGGGCGGCACGGCCGGCUGCCGUGCGGCCGCCGCCAUCACCCACCUGGCCUUCUCGGUGGCACUGGCGGCCGUCCUGCUGCUGGCGCUGGCGCUGCCCGGCCUGCUGGGCGGCGCGGCCGGCCGCUUCCCCGGCAGACACGCCUGGGCGGUGCCGCUGCUGGCCGCCGGGCCGCAGACGGCCGUGGUCAUGCUGCUUAUCGCCGCCGCCGUCGACUCUCGCGGAUACGUGGACGCCGCCCCGCAGACGUGCUGGCUGGAUUUGGACCCAAACAACGCCAUCAUGUGGGUGGUUGCGUGUCACCUCCUCAUUAUCUGGCUUGCUGGACUGUUCCUGGCGUUCCGGGCGCUCACUCUUCCAUCGGACAAAGUUCCACUGGCAAUGAAACACGCCGACAAAGCGAAACGCAAAAGCGCGCUGGGACGCCUGCGCUUCACCACCACGGCGCUGCUGGUGCUGCUGGCGGCAUGCUGGGCGCUGGGUGCCGCGGCGGCCUUCUUCGGCAACCGCACGCUCGUCAUCUGCGAGGCGGUGUCGACAGUGCUGCUGGCGGCGGCGCUGGGCGCGAUGUGCGCCGACACUUUCAUCGCCGGCGCUCGGCCGUGGAGGCAGCGGGUGAUGCCGCAAAAGGGAGCAGCGGCGGCGCCCCGGCCCGGCGGCCGCCCGCCAGCCAACCUGACACUGACCACCGUCCAUCCGGCCGGGAGCACGAGUAACAACAUGUUUGUCAAGAGGACAUUCCACUUUGGCGCAGACCCGGCCGAAGCCGACAAAAAGAUUAUCCUAUCCAUGCCAACACCUGAAUAAUCAGUCAGAAAUCAUAUCGUAGGACAUUCAGAAACACAACGAAUAGACUUCUUAACCAGCGCAGCGUAUGGGGCCAAAACAGACCCUCUCCUUUUCCGUCGAUAUCUCCUCAGUAUUACAGUUAUCGUCACCAAACUAUCAGGACCUCCGCCCCGGCAUCAAUUUUACAAUUUUGUGGCAAAAAAUAGGCUACGAUAGGUUGGCCGCAGAUGACGUCAGAAUGACGUCUUGUUCCGCCAUUUUCGAUAAACAAGUUUUGCGGGAAGAGCCUACCGUUUUGAGAAUAGAGAAAAUGUCAAUGACAAAAAGGUGUAAAAUUACCGGUGCUAUAAAAAUGCUAUCCUGGAAAAUCCAAAAUUUUGUUUUUGAUAACACCAAUUGACCGUCCCCAGCCCCCUCCAACAAGUCACGGGUUAGAUGGCCAAAAGUAUAUUUUACGUGUCGAAAUAUCAAAUUUAACCCGCCCCGCAGGGCUAUCGGUGGACCCUACCACCCGUAGGGGGGGGGGGGGGCGAAACGCCCCCACCUAAGAUCUCGGAAAGCUACCGGCCGAUUUUCAAAAUUCAAAUGACGUUG